CUGAUUGGCUGAGGGAGAGAGCCACUUUGCCGCUGGCAGACGAUAGAGGAAAGGCUGUGGCACUGACUUCAGUUUCAAUAAGACUCUACUUCCGUCGGACGUCGAGCUAGUUAGCUUAAUACGUCUGGAGGUUACAGGUGAGACAUGAGUGGUACAGUCCGCCAGAUCACUGUGACCACUGACCCAGGCAUCCCUUACUUCCUGCGAGUGGAAUGGGCCAUAGACUUGGGUGCUGGGUUCACACUGGCUCUCAGUGAUGGCAGCUCAGCCUGGAUAGGAGAAGUUUCAGAGGAUGACGUGACAAGGGAAGCAAAUGACAUUGGAGUCGACAGGGACAAAUAUGUUGAGGAUCUUCAUCAAGCACUGAUGGAGGGUGAAGAAGGACAAGGAGGAAUAAGCAGACGAGGUGUAUCGGAGAAAGAAGAGUAUUCCUUCCACCUCACUCCAGAUCACUGUCGCUUGUCAUAUCAGAAGACCUGCAAGGAUAUCUUGGUACACUUGGGAUCUGUGGAGCUACAGCCGGCGCCGAACCCCUUGGAUCUUAACCGGGAGAUGAUAGGCCAGUCCCUGCAGUACAGCACUGAUGUGGAAUCAGAGAACCGGCAGCUAUUGGAGGAGAACCGUAGACUCAAACGGGAGCACCACCGCAUCCUCAGAGAGUUGGAGCACCAUGUUCACGAUAAAGAGAAGAUGGAGAGGGAGCUGUACUCACGUUUUGUCAUGGUGCUGAAUGACAAGAAGGCCAAGAUCAGGAGCCUGCAGGAUGCCAUGCGUCAGCUCCAGCAGGCAACAGGGAAGCGGAGAGACAAGGAGGGGAGAGAAAGUGGGAAUGAUGCAACACAAGGUGACGAUGGCAGCCACACCAGAAAGGAAAGGGCGGUUCAGUACAUCACUCCAUCUCAGGAUGCGACUGUCCUCAUCACAGGUCGGAAUCUGGUGUGUGAAGGCAUUUCUUUGGACGACACUGAUUUUGACAAUGAAGACUUCGAGCCUAGACAGAAGCAUCGAUUGCUUCAUGGUCAGAGCCCAGAGCCUUCUGAGCAGGAAUAAAAUCUCAGCUCCGGUUCUUUUGUGCACCCCAGCCCACCACCACCACCAAUGUGCGGUCAUAGUUACACACAGGGAAAUUCUAAGCUCUAUUUUCCUGGGAGUCAUCCUCUCCCCCUGACUGAUAAAUGUUUAAUUUUCUUCAGCAAAGUCUCUUCUUUGGUUCAGACAAAAGAGUUUCUCACGAGUGAAGUGGAAUUGAAGGGACAACAGUGUGGAUGGAAGAAGAGAUCGAGGGCUAGAUGGAUGAAGGUAUAGAAGAUAGACCAAUGCAGAGAUGGAAGGACAAGACCAUUGGCUCUAGAGGCACAAAUUAGUGAACAGCAGGGCGAGCCUAUAACACCCUUCACAAUGACUGACAGUGUGUCAGCUGUCCCAACAUGAUUGACACCUGCCAGUUGAUUGACACCUGGUGCAUGCCUUAUUGACACCUGGUAUCGCGCACUCGAGACAGUUGUGCCACUUGCUCACUCAUCUUCAGAAUGGCUCCUGUGCAAGCUGUACAGCUCCCUCUUUUUUUCUUGUCUUUCUUUUUUCCUUUCAAUUAUUUUUAUGUUGUUCGGAAGUUGAAGCAAUGAGUGGGCGUGGUUGGCCUGGAAGAAAAGUGGCAUUUUGCUGCUUUUGUCUGACAUGUUUGUAUUUGCUCCUAUCAGAACAGUGCUCUGUCCACUGUAACACUGUCUUUCAAUAAUGUUGCUUUGUCCCAAACAUUUUAACGUUGUCUAGCAAGAUUAAAGGAUCAUUCUAGUGAUUUUGAAUGUUUGGCCCAUUAACUACAACUUAGCCACAUUUUACAUUGCAACACACCUUUUUUUUCAAAUCAUGUAGGGGUACAGAAGACUUUACACCAUAUAAUCAAAAUCCCUUGAUUUUCAAAUUAGAACACCCACCUUAUAACGUUCUGCUAAGGUAACUAAUAAAGUCAUCAUUAUUCAUAAACAACAGAACUGAUAACUUGCUAUUGUGUAAAGCAAAUGUUUUCCUGGCGACUGUUUUCUGGCAGAGGGAGCAUUUCACUACACCCAAUUUCAAGUCAUCAACACACAAUAGCACUUUUGCUUCUAGGAAAACUAAUGUGGAUGACUUUGUUACAGUGAUGGAGUACUGGUAUGAGGAAAGGUUGAAGUCUGAAAGUUCACUUUUACACUGUAAUGGAAUGAAUGGACACCAAAGACUGGAUAAAAGGUAGGCUAAAUGAUAUCGGCGUUCUAAAAUAAGACUGCCUGCUUUUGGAAAAGAUUAUCAGAAACCUGAGUUAUAGUCAUUUAAUAGAUAUUGCGUUAAACAUGCAAAAUCACUGGUAUGGCCCCUUAAGUUCUGGCAGAUCUGUACAGAAAUGUACAUCUCCUUUAAUAAGUGCAGCAAAUCAAGUGUUAUGAAUUUGUUUUUGACAAAAAAUAAAAUAAGGUUUACAGUGCCAGAAGGACCAUGCCAGCCCACGUUUAAAGUUAUUUUGUUGGUUAUACUUCCCUUGUAUUACUUACCCCUUAGAGGGCACCAUAUAUCAUAAUAUAUGUUAAAGGCAUGCAUUAACCUUGAGUUUUUGGUCUAAAGAAAAAUGAUUAAAGUCAAUUCCUGAGCUGUAGCUUACCUCUCUUGGCCUCGCACUAAAGCUGAAGGGAUCAGCCAUGGUGUUUUGGGUCUCCACACUCGGCUCCAAAGGAUCAGGGUUCAUGUCUUUCCAGAGACAACCUCACUUUCCCACAUUUUCUGCUCUGAAUUCUAACCGGGGGCUUCCUUACUCACAGCCCCCCAACAAGUUUCCCAGUAUCUUGGGAAAUCACCACAGGCUGUUUUUUCUCUCUGUGUGUCACAAUGUUUUGCUCUGAUUGACACUUAAAUUGGGUAAUUUUUUUUGUCACAAAUGGUUUUUGCCACAAAGCAGGAAGAUUAUUUUGUUGUGUAUGGUUUCUUUCAAACCAUAGACUUUUUCCCCCUCUUCUAUCAGUUCUCAGAUGAGGAGUGUCAGAACCUUGGUGUGUCCUAAUAUCUAUUUGUCUCAUAUCAAUUUGUACAGUAAUGUAUAUGUUUUAUUUGUUUUAUUUUAAAAAUGUAAAACAUAACAGUUAUUGCAUUUGUCUUUUUAACUGUACAACAGUUUACUGUCUUUACAGUUUGAACAUCUUCCACCAGGUAAAUGUUUUAGGAUGCUGAGAGACAAUACUAGCAUGAUUACAUGCUAAUUUCAUGAUUUUAUCUGAUGAUCGGGAUCCUUAUGUAUUUAAUUUAUUU